UUUUACUUCACCGGUCAAACUCAUCCAUAGAACAAGAAAAUUUCGAGAGGCUGCCAAAAAUGGAAGGUCACCUAGUUAUUACCAGCCGUGAACCCCAACCCGUACCCCUUUCCAUCCUCCAGGCGCCGCCGAUAGCCACCUCCUACAACGACCGGAUCCGCCCCCUGCUCGACGCGGUUGACAAGCUCCGUAACCUCAUGGUCGUGAAGGAGGGCAUCCCGCUCCCCACCAUUGUCGUUGUCGGCGACCAGUCCUCCGGCAAGUCGAGUGUCCUCGAGUCCCUCGCCGGCAUCAGCCUGCCGCGGGGGCAGGGCAUCUGCACGCGUGUCCCACUUAUCAUGCGGCUCCACGACCAGCGUCAAGAUGAGACCCCCGACCUCCACCUCGAGUUCAACGGCAAGAUCGUGGACAUCGAUGAUGAGGACCACGUCUCCGACGCCAUAGUCGCCGCCACAAACGAGAUCGCUGGCUCCAGCAAGGGCAUAUCGAACACCCCGCUGACUCUGGUUGUCAAGAAAGACGGCGUCCCAGACUUGACCAUGGUCGACUUGCCCGGAAUCACGAGAGUGCCCGUGCACGGCCAGCCCGAGAACAUCUACGAGCAGAUCUCGGAGAUGAUCAUGGAGUACAUUAAGCCUGAGGAGAGCAUCAUCCUCAAUGUCUUGUCUGCCACCGUCGACUUCUCCACUUGCGAGUCCAUAAGAAUGUCUCGAAUGGUGGACAAGACCGGCAAGAGGACUCUGGCCGUCGUCACAAAGGCUGAUAAAUCUCCGGAGGGCUUGCAGGAGAAGGUGUUGGCCGAUGAUGUCAAUAUAGGACUUGGUUAUGUGUGUGUGAGGAACAGGAUCGGCGACGAGACCUAUGAAGAAGCGAGGAGGGAAGAGGCGAAGCUGUUCGACACGCACCCUCUGCUGUCCAAGAUCGACAAGUCCAUCGUUGGUGUGCCCGUCUUGGCGCAAAAGCUGACGCAGAUUCAAGCCACCAUUAUGGCCAAGAGCUUGCCGGAGAUCGUCAGGAAGAUCAACGACAAGCUGAACGCGAGCGUGGCCGAGCUCAACAGGAUGCCCACGACUCUGUCCUCCGUUGCGGAGGCCUUGACGACUUUCAUGCGGAUCAUGGGAUCGGCGAAGGAGUCGCUUAGGAAAGUCCUGCUGAGAGGCGAGUUCGACGACUACCCUGAGGAGAAGGACAUGCACUGCACGGCCAGGCUGACGGACAUGCUGAACAAAUACUACGAUGAGCUUCAAAAGUGCCCGGAGAACGACCCCCGGACUAACUUCUUGGUGGAGGAACUAGAGGUCUUGGAAGAGGCCAAAAGGAUCGGACUCCCGAACUUCCUUGCUCGCUCAUCCUUCCUCAUCCUUUUGCAGCGGAAGCUGAAGGCGAUAUCGAGCAUGCCACUGGCUUUUGGGGUUCGCGCUUGGGACUACAUCGAGGGAAUUGUGAUUCGGGAGUUGACGCGACACACGGAGAAUUAUCCUCAGCUGCAGCCUUGGAUGAGAAGAGCAGCGACCGAUCUGAUCAACAAGAUGAGGGAGAAGACGGCAAACAGGAUGACGGAGAUUGUCGAAAUGGAGAAGCUCACUGCCUACACUUGCGACCCUCAGUACCUGUCGGAGUGGACCAAGUUGAUGACCCAGCAGACCCCGUUCAUGCAGGUGAUCAACGACGAGUAUAAGUCCACCGUCAUGGUCCUUGAGGGGAUCGGGCGGGUCGACGUGCGCCAUCUGAGGGAUCACAAGCAGCUGGUUCAGGAUGCGUUCGAUCUGAAGAUGAGGAUGACCGCUUACUGGAACAUCGUGCUCAGGAGGUUCGUGGACUCGAUGGCACUGUACUUGCCGUUCAGCGUGCACAACUUGGUGAACAAGGAGAUGGAGAUGGAGAUUGUGGGCGAGCUGAUCGGGCCCAAUGGCAGAGGCCUCAUCGAGAGGAUGCUGGAGGAAGCGCCGUCGGUGGCGGCCAAGCGCGAGAGGCUGAGUAGGAGCAUCAAACUGUUGAGGGAGUCUGCGGCGGUGGUGGCCAAGAUCACAGACCGGAUUGCUACAGAUGGUGACUACAGUGAUUAGUUAGUGGUGUUGUCGCCGUGGGCUUUUUUAUUUCCUUUUCUGAGCGUGUUCUUCUACUGGUCCUUUUUUUUUUUUUGGGGUCAGUUUCUACUGGUCCUUAAUUAUGGG